AUGUCUGACGGCGGUGAUAUCGAGGUCGAGAACGUCGCCACCUACGACGUCCUUCCCAAGGACGUCGUCAAGGAGGUCGGCAACGUCAAGCUCUUCAACAAGUGGGAUUACGAUGUUGAGGUCCGCGACAUCUCUCUGACUGACUACAUCUCCCUCCGCAACCCCGUCUAUGUCACCCACUCCGCUGGCCGCUAUGCCGUCAAGCGCUUCCGCAAGGCCAACUGCCCCAUCAUUGAGCGCCUCACCAACUCCCUCAUGAUGCACGGCCGCAACAACGGAAAGAAGCUCAUGGCUGUCCGCAUCGUUGCCCACGCCUUCGAGAUCAUCCACCUGAUGACCGACCAGAACCCCAUCCAGAUCGCCGUCGACGCCAUUGUCAACUGCGGUCCCCGCGAAGACUCCACCCGUAUCGGUUCCGCCGGUACCGUCCGUCGCCAGGCCGUCGAUGUCUCCCCCCUCCGCCGCGUCAACCAGGCCAUCUCCCUCCUCACCACCGGCGCCCGCGAGGCCUCCUUCCGCAACGUCAAGUCCAUCGCCGAGUGCCUUGCUGAGGAGCUGAUCAACGCCGCCAAGGGCAGCAGCAACUCGUACGCCAUCAAGAAGAAGGACGAGCUGGAGCGUGUCGCCAAGUCCAACCGAUAA